AUGACUGUUCAAAUCACUGAAUACGAAAGCGAGCUGAUGAUCAUGAGACGUCACAAUGACGAGUUGGAUACACAACUCAAAACCAGUCAUGCCAGAAUCACCACGUUAGAGAACUCGCUAGCGUCCGCUCAGAAGGAGAUUGAUAAGCAGAAAGAGCUGAAUAUGAAACUCCAAAAGGAGAAGAAUGAGAUCAUGAAGUUGGUUGUUUCAAAAUAUUGA